AGUCUCCCUCGGGGCCAUUAAAUAAUUAUGCGCCUGCGCGUGCCGUUGCUUGCGUCAUGUUGACGAUCACUAACUAAGGUAGGCAACAUGUCCACCACCACUGCUGCUGCUCUGCAAAACAAUAACGGGGAGCCAGGCCUCAACGGGUCGUGGGUAGAGCUGGAGAUGAAUGGAAACAACAGGAACCAGGCUCUGCUGCCAAACCCCAACACGGAGAACGGGAAUGAGGGAGAGAGUCAGGCCCCUCAGGCUCUGGAAGUGGUGCCAGAGGAGGUGGAGGAGAGUCUGACAGGGGGGCUGGGGCAUGUGCCCUCAUCCUCCUCUAUCCACAAUGCAGACAUGAAUAAGAUCCUGCUGGAUGCCCAGCAUGAGUCCAGCCAAAGCAGCUCCUCCUGUGACAGUCCUCAUAGACCUUCCAGUCCAGAUCAGGAUGACAGCCAGGUUACCUUUGACUUGGAGAUGUCCAGUAGGAGAGGGAGCCAGUCAGAGGAGGAAGGCCCAGAGAAAGACAGAGAAGAUGAUAUCCUGAUGAACAAAGGUGCAGACUGGGUUGCAGAUUGGUCCAGUCGGCCCGAAAACAUUCCCCCCAAGGAGUUCCACUUCCAACACCCCAGACACUCAGUAUCCCUCAGCAUGAGAAAGAGUGGAGCCAUGAAGAAAGGGGGUGUCUUCUCUGCUGACUUCCUCAAAGUCUUCAUCCCCUCCUUAGUCCUGUCUCACAUCCUUGCCCUUGGUAUCGGGGUCUACCUUGGAAAGAGACUCACCACGCCUUCCACCAGCUCUUUCUAAACCCAAACUAAAGCAGUGCCUGGAAGUUGUCCUGUCUAAAAAAAUAUUUGUGCUAAAAUGCCCUCUUUUACUCUGCAUCCAUUGUUUACCUAGCUAGCAGCUUCCUCCUCCCUUUUCCAUUCUGUAUUCUGUUUACUCAGAUUUUUUUCCUAUGUUUUUACCACUUUACCUGACACUGACUCACCCCAGUUUUUUUUAUGUUGGGUGCUUUUGGAAGGUUCACAAUUCGUCAACGUUUGGGACCCUUUACCUUUUGACACAGAUUGGGCACAGUGCGAAGUGUAGCAUCGGACAGUAAUGACCACUAUCAACCCAUAAUAGUUCACAGCCCCUGCCUGAACCUGACUGUGGUACUUUUGGAACAAAUGAUUCUCAAUUCAGUUAUUGAAAUCCUAUACUGCACAAACACUGAGGUGGCUGGUAUUGGAUGGCAGGGGGCCUGAACCUUUAAGAAUCUCUUUGAGAUUUCCAUAUAGAUGCCUUAGCUUAGACAGAGAUUGUGCUGUGAGAGGUCAAGUGUCUUGGAGUGUUUAAUCUUCCUGCUCCUUACUCCAAGUCAGUUAAUUGCAUAGUUACUUGCACCUGAACCAAAAAUAAGCUCCAUAUCUGAAGUACACUCUUCAAGAGUUGCAGUGACUCUGAAUCAAGUGGUAUUGUUGUUCAGUUUGUUUGUUUUUUGCAAUGGUUUGGAUUUUUUUUUUAACCCAGACUUUAAUUCAGCAGAAGUUUUGUUGUAAUUCCACCCUAUUCUAGUUGUACCUAAUUUGUCAUAUUUUAGUAGCACCAAUUUUCUCUAAAGAGGGUGGUCUCUUGGUGAAAGGAUGUGAAUAUUAAUGCUAGUGGCUACUGCAAGUUUCCAUUGAUUAUCAGGAAAACAACCUAGCAAAUAGUUAAACAGAUGGGUGGGUUGAUGCAGAAAGAGAAGCAUGUCUAAAUGCUCUGCAUACAUGGUGAAGUACUGCAGUAGUAAGGAGAAGGGCAAAGUUUGAAUGAAGAUGUCAUUUUUUAUGUAGAUAUAAUAUAGUAGAUACAAAUAUACACAUCUGCCUGCCUGCUGUUCAGUAACUCAAAUGUGUCAAUGCUACACAUUCUUCAUCUCUUUUGGCACAUCUUGUGUUUUUUUCAAGCUGAUUCUAGAAACCUUUGAAUUGAAGUUCUCCUGUGUGGCUACACACCCUCAGAGUGAGAUCCAGUGUAUAGGUCCAGCCACCAUACUGAGUUGGAUGUAUUAGUGGAAUUAUGAAAUAACUGGCCACAAAUGACUACUGCAUAUUGCCAAAUAUAGAUAUAUUUUCAUCUCAGUGCUUUCAUUGCAUUGGAAAGGUACCACUGACACUGAUCUCUCAACUAUUGGAGAAGUCGAACUAUAGGGUUAGACAAACUCAAACAGACAAACUCAAACUAUCUCCAGCUCUGAUAAGUUUUGACAUGGCCUUUGGUGAUCUGUUUUAUGUAAGCAUGGGCUCUACUCAGCCAUUACCCAUAGGUAGACAUUAUCUACCUUAUUAAGGUAACGUAAGUAAUGCUUUUUGUAUAUGUGUUUAACACUGACCUAUGUUAAGAAUUAUGAUUAAUUACCCUUUUUUUGGCAAUGGUAAAAAACAUGUUUUCUUUUCAUCACACUAUGUAAUUAUCCCAGGAACUCCCUGGAAAGUGGUUAUACAGAACCAGCACUCCUCCACUGUAUUGAGUUGCUUGGUGAUUUAGGGUUUUGUAUUGUAUCUUUAGGGGGAAGGUUGGUGGGCAAUGGGGAUAGGUGUGAUGACAUGAGUGGGGUAUUUUUUUUCCUUCUGAGUGGGAUUGUUUUUUUGUGCCUUUUCUUGGUUUGUACCAACUCAAAGUAACUCCCAUUGCAUGCAUGCCCUUAGUUUGUAAUUGGCAUUUACGUAGUAUAAUUCACGAGAUGCCAAAGGUUGUUAUAGCUUUCAUAAAAAUUGUGAAGUCCGGCCUUGUUUGUAAGGCAGAAGAAGUAUGCACAUUAUCAUUGAUGUUUUUUUCUUCUGAUAAUCCAAAAUACAAACUGAAAUAUGCUUUUCUUUUUUGUACGGAGGGCAGGGCCCUCAGGAAUUUAUUGCUUGUAAAAAAAUAUUCCAGAAGCAAGAAGUUUCAGCCAUGUAGAUUGAUUCAUUGUAAUCAUAUUGAAAAAACUGACAUUAAAAUGAGAAAUGAACCACAA